UUCAAUUGUCUUCAACACAUUAUAUAUCAGUUCACAAACUGAAACAAAAACAAAAACACAUUGUCUCUUACUGAUUUUUUCAUAGCUUAAUUUCGUUCUGUUUAAAUCUAGCAGAAAAUCAGGAUGUCGUCGCCAUCUUUUUCUUCAUUAAAAGUGAUACCACUUGAUGAUUAUAAUGAUCAAUUUGACGAUACUCAGUCGCAUAUGGCGGUUGAUGGUGGCGAGGAGAAGAAUGAUACGAAUGUUCUAGAAGAAGUAGACACGUGGCUGCCCAUAACGGAAUCACGAAAAGGGAAUGCUUAUACGGCAACGUUUCAUGUACUGUGUUCUGGUAUUGGAACUCCAGCACUUGUUCUCCCAUUUGCUUUCACGUCCUUAGGAUGGACAUGGGGGAUAGUGGUUCUUACGGUGAUAUUUGCAUGGCGUCUCUACACCAUGUGGCUCUUAAUUCAUCUUCACGAAUCGGUAAAUGGAACUCGUUAUAGCAGAUACCUGCAACUCUCUAUUGCAGCUUUCGGAGAAAAAUUGGGUAAAUGUCUUUCUUUAUUCCCAAUAAUGUACCUAUCAGUGGGCACUUGUGUCAUGUCUAUUAUAGUAGGGGGAGGCACCCUACAACUUUUCUACAAUGCCAUGUGUGGGAAUGAUCACAAAUGUCUAGACAAAUCUUUGAGUGGAGCACAAUGGUUCUUGUUGUUUGUAUGCCUUGCCAUCUUAAUUGCCCAAUUCUUUCCCAAUUUGCACUCCUUAGCUUGGGUGUCCUUUAUUGGUUCAGUCUUGGGUGUGGCCUAUUUCACUCUGCUUUGGGCACUCUCCAUUGGCAAAGGAAGGCCUAGUGGAGUCUCUCACAGCCCAGCUGAUAAUGUAACAACCACAAUGGCCCGAUUUCGUGCUGUACUAAAUGGUGUUGCUAUCAUUGCUAUUGCUUUCAGAGGACACAAUGUUGUUCUCGAGAUACAGGGGACAUUACCGACAAAUCCAAAACAUCCUACAAGGACUAGUAUGUGGAGAGGAGUGAUAGCAUCGUACUCUUUUGUCGCAGUGUGUAUAUUUCCCCUGGCAAUUGGAGGAUAUUGGGCUUAUGGAAAUUUGAUGCCUGCAAAUGGAAUUAUGGCUGCAAUUGCCAAGUACCACCAAGCGAGCACACCAAAGUGGUUAACAGGCACAAUAUACAUGAUGGUAGUGAUCCAAUGCAUAUGCGCAUUCCAAAUCUACGCCAUGCCUGUAUUCGACAACUUGGAAAGAAUAUACGUAAGCAGGCAGCACAAGGCAUGCCCAAGGUGGCUCCGAUCAUGCAUCAAGCUCUUCUUCGGUGGAUUGACAUAUUACAUAUCAGUUGCUUUCCCAUUCUUGGGAGGUUUAGCUGCCUUUGUGGGUGGUAUAGCAUUGCCUUUGUCUCUGGUUUACCCUUGCUUCAUGUGGAUUUCAAUCAAGAAACCUCAAAGAAACAGCUUAAUGUAUUGCCUCAACAUGUUUCUUGGGUGUUUGGGCAUAUUGAUCAGUGUUGUGCAAGUUGCUGGUGCAUUGUGGAAUCUGGUGGUUGAUAAAUUAGAUGCCAAUUUUUUUAGUCCUUAGUUGAUUUGAUUUAAUACUGCUAACUUAUAUCCACUGACUGUGUAAUGAAAUUAUGACACAAUAAGUGAGAUUUAAC